UUUGUUUUUGUUCAACAUGCUCUUCGCAGGGCUGCAGAAACAUCUUGCCCUAAAACCACCAACCCAGCUCAAGAUCGUAGGGCGAGCGAUAUGACUUCGCGCGCCCUUUCGUGUUUCAUUUUAAUUCUUAGAAUGGGUUAGCUGUUUCUACUAGCACCCAUUCAAGCAGUUUCGAAAUCAAGAAUUGUUUUCAAAUUAGGCACUUGGGUUAAAGAUUACCAACAGGCUAAGUACUAACACGGCAAUGGAGUAUUUCGGAUUCGGUCCGGCUAAUGCUACAAUGGAAGCGAAUUUCCCCCACUUUACGGAAGCCGUACUGAAAGAUUAUACACCGGAUGUCCUGGACAUCAGCUCGCCUUUACCGGCCUCGUCUGGCAAUGCGUACCUGGCCAGUCUCCUUCAAAUCUCUAGCUGGCCCCAGUUUCCGAAUAUGUCCGGAAUUAAGAUCUUGGACUAUGAUUUGUCGGCUAUGCUGCAGAAGAUAGUCGACCUGCUCAUGGGUAAUACGCAAAAGCCGGUCAACCGCCAGAUUUUCGUAGGAUUCGUCGCAACUGUGUUGAUUUAUGGUUUUUGGAGAUACCGUCAUUCUUGGAGCGGUUACGUUGACUUGGACAAAAGGCGACCUUUUGAUUUAGAACUUCUUGGCCAAUCAAAACCGAAGAGAAAAAAAAUCCACUUCGAAAAGGAGGAUCCGUGUGAAGGAUGUUCUUUAUAUGUGAUGCCUAUGGUAGGGAAGGCCACAGCGCCAUCGCAACAUCUGGAAACAUCAGUACAUAGUAUCGGCAUGCCCAAGGUGCCUGUUUCCUAUGUCAACACUGUAGCCACGGACUCCAAGAGGUCAGAAUCGUUUCAGCUCAUCUCCAUGGAAACUAUCGUCAAUUCUACCGAAAAGUUUCAAAGGCAACUGAUUGAAGCCCUCUCUAGGCUUGAUGACGUCAGAGUACGGCUGAAAGAGCUAGAGAGCGAGAAGGAACUUCUGAGCGCGGAGAUCGAGCUGCGCAAGAAAAUGAUCCAAAAACUGCAGGGCGAGAAUACAGAGGAGAGGGAUCGUCGACAGCAGAUCGAGUUAAGGUUAGAGAUGCUGGAGAUGGAGAACUCCCAACUUAGAAACCUGAGAAAGGAGCUGCUAUUGAGGAAAAAUCAGGUGGAGCGUCUAGACAAGUGUCUCAAGGAGAAGGAGGAGCAGCAGGAGACUUUGUUUGAGAAGAACAUCGUCCUACCUAGAGGUAUCGCCCAGAUCCGUGCCAAAGAGUUUUCUGAGCUACAGUCUCGGAUCUACAGCUUGGAGUCUGAGCUCAACAAGACGGAGCUAAACGUCAAUAAAAGAAAUCAGAUAAUUAUAAACGGGAACGCAAUGGGUGACACAAAGACAAGCUUGAACGUACAUCAGCUUUUCGCAUCCAACUCUGGCGAAACUUUAAAUAGCGUUGGCAUUUUAUCACUAGCAUCCAACGACUGCAACAGUACCGCCAUGACGGAAUCUUGCAGCAAAACAUUUAAAAUGGCCAUGUCAAAAAUGAUGGUAGACGGCAAGAUUCAAAACGCGUCCAUUGAAAAAAUAACCAAAGAGACAAUUAAUUUAAACGAACCACGGCCAAAACCUCGUCAUGAGUUACAGUCUUGCACAGAAAAUCAAGAGCAUACUUUUGGGUCUCUUUCAGAGCAGACACAGCCCCAAACAAACAACAACAGCAAAGGCGUCAUCGCCCAGAUCAAGGCACUUAUUUCUGGCAACAAAAGCACUGAGUCGGAUUACGACAUGGGGCCGGCAUCAGAAACACAGCCAGCGCUGGAAGGUUUUGUGAACGAGACUAGCAUGAUUGGUAACUGUUUGUCCCAGGGAGAGGAGAACUUCGACCUAUCAGAUGACCAGAGCAGCGUGUUCAUGUCUGCGUCGGGAGGCUCCGUGUCGUCUGAUAGCCCGAACUCCCCAGAGAAGAGCAGCAGCAGAACCACGCACAAGAGGGCGCCAUCGGUGAAACGGUUGACUAGGGCGGAGAGGGACAAACUGAGAGAAAGGGAUACGAAUGUUUCAAAGUGUCAGGACAGUUGCCAUCUCAUGUGUGAUACGAAUGUUUCAAAGUGUCUGGACAGUUGCCAUCACAUGUGUGAUACCAAUUUUUCAAAGUGUCAGGACAGUUGCCACGAUCUGUAUGAUGCGAAUGUUGAUGAGAACAGUACCUCAGUGGACGUGAGUUUUCCCAGCGAGUUCCAGAAUGUCACGCUGAUCUCUGUCUCGCAGCAUCAGAUGAAUGGGUCAGAGAGUGCUAGACUCUCCAGCGAUCUCUCGGCUAGGGGGAAGCGAGAGGAGAGGGAUUCGGAUAGUGAGGAUUCGUGGAUUGUGAUUACACCAACCAUAGGAUAGAUGGUCUCAUUACAUCGGCAGUAGUAUAAAUGUGAUAUUAAUUGUUAUAAAUGCUUAGGUUUCUUUUAACAAUCUAAAAAUAAAAAAAAAUACCAAUGAUCGUAGAUACUAAUGUUAAAACAUACAUAUCGAUUAAAGUACUAAUUAAUGUCAAUCAACCAUUGCUAGAAAAUAAAAUAAAACAUGACAACAUAGAACUCCCUCUCGUUGGAGUUUAAUGCAAUUAAUUAAUUUAUUGAAUGAAAUGUUUGCAUGUAAUUAUUAAAUGCCUCGAUUGGCUCAAGAUUUUUUUU